AUGAAUUUGUCUUCGAAACAUACUUUGAUGCUCUUUUUAAUAGGUAUCAUCUUUGUAAAACAAGCAUCUUUAACUUUUGUGAAAACUGUGAACAUUGGAACGACUGUCACUCUUUUGUGUUCAAAUAUCUUGAAAGAGCCCAGUUACAUAGCCUGGUUCAAGAAGACAAACGAUUCUCUCCCGCUUUGCAUUGCUACUCAAUAUGUGAGUGACAAACCACCAGACUCCAUAUAUUUGAAUGGAUUUAACAAGAAUCACAUAGAGAUGUCAGUGAACAGAACAUUUUCUUCCUUGAAGAUUGUAAAUGUGGACAUCUCUGACUCUGGAAUUUUUUACUGUGGAAGCUUUUUGACAAACCACAUGAUGUUUCACGACAAAACACAGUUAGUGGUAGUAAAUGAGACUAAUCAUUCUGAAGAGGAUAUUGCAACUGUGGAUUGUGGUAUGUGUCAUACAUUACUAUUUAGGGCAGCUGAAGAAUCUUUGAGAUCCUGCCAUCUCUAUUAUACACUGACACUGAUUCUGAGUGGCUUUUUUCUUUUCCUUCCCACUGUAUUUGUGAUUAUAGUCUUACUCAGACUGAGGGACAGAAACAAGCAGAAGGGCAUGUUAACAACUUUAAAUACACACUAA